AUGAGCGACAUUGACAAUAUCUCAACUCCUGCGACUCCUGGUCAGGAGCGUCUGGCCUCCUCGGGUGGCGACGCCUCAACCCCCGCACCCUCGACAACCGAAUCUGUUGCUUCCUUCGAUUCCGGCAUCGGACGUUCUGGCGAGGACUCUGGCGAUACAGAUGGAUCUUACGAGACUGAAUCAAACAACUCUGAUGGUUCUUCAACUCCCGAACAGGCCGAUCAAGCUGGAGUUUCAGACGUCCAAUGCAGCCGCGAAGACUGCGCAGCACGAGUCGCGGAAGACCUGGCUACGAUAUCUAGACUCGAGGAAUGGGUGAAACUCGCAACUGGUACCAGGAUGGAUGAACUCUUCGAACAGUAUGUCAAGGAAAACGGACUACCUCAUGAAGGCUGCAUCUGUUCCCAGAUGAAAGCUCUCGAGGCAAGGGCGGUCGAACUCAAAGAAGUGUGCGAAUUCAUCGAACACGAAAAGGAAGUACUCAUCACCCAGAAGAGAGAAGUUUCUGAAAGGAUGGAUGAUGUCUCGAGACUCUAUCUACAAGUUCAAGUCAAGGAAAAGGCACUCGGUGAAACACACGCCGCUAUCGACAUCAGAAUGGGCAAGAUGGACGAAAUGCUCGGACUCGCCAACGACUCAAAGGCAGAAAUCACACGCAAAAAUCAGGCACUUGACAAGCGACAGGAAUAUAUCGAGAAACAAACCAAGAAACUCGAACACAGCCAGGAAACCUUCAAGAAGCAGUCGGAGCUAUUGACCAAACUCUUGCGACAACAGCAAGAUUCCCAAGAAAAACUUGACGAUCGCGAAAAAACCAUGAAAGCCCAACAAAUGUCACUAGAGCUUCGCGAGCUUGAUUUGAAGAAACGAGAAGCCAUUUUGGCGCAUCGAGAACAGGCUCUGAGGAAACACGAACGAGAUGUUCAGAACCAUAUUGACCAGUACACGCGAGGCGAACAAGAGUUCAAGGAACGAAUGGCUCAAUUGAUGGAACAAUCAAUGCACACCAGUAUAGCGAAUAUGGGCCUUGAAUCUGCUGCAGAUAAAACGGAGGGUGCAAAUGAGGAGGCACCAACGUCGGCUUCGCAUGCCCCCGAUGCGAUAACUUCUCCCCAACCCUCCCCCUCCGCAGCAGCACCACUCCCGAGUUCACUAAUCCCGCCCUAA